AUGCACUUUAAAGUGAAAAAUGAAAAUAUUCUGUUGCAUGCGGUAGUUGUAGAUUUAUCAGAAUCCUGGCUGAUGGAAGGCAUUUCAGGUCAUGUUGUCUGCUAAAAAGGUUAUUUUCCACGUGGAAUUCACACAACAUGGCCGCCACAGCCAUUUCACUGUGAUGGUGUAAAUGACUGUGAGAAUGGUGCAGAGGAAGAGAACGGUGGAAAUAAUAGUGGAUGGGCACAUGUCUUUGAUGUGGUUCAUGGAAAGCCUAAUUAUCUGGAUUUAUUAGAAGAAUGUCGUCUCCACCAAUACCCAGAAGGUUGCAGCUGCAUGGAAGCAGAACUAGGAUGUGCUGCUGUUAAUUUAAAGUCUGUUCUUCUUGUUUCAAGUAAUGUAAUCUUACCAAUUACUUUUAGGUCACUUACAUACUACCAGAUACACUUUCUUCCAUAUGAAGUUUUCAGCAAGUAUAAAAAGUGAAGAAAAUGUUUUCUACAAAACAAUUGCAUUCAGAAAAUAGCAAGGAAAGCAUUGUUUGGGCUAUGCAAACUUCAGAAAAUAUACCUUAGUCAUAAACGUAUCACUGCUUUGAAACCUGGGGUACUCAGAGAUCUACACAAAUUCAAAUUGCUGCGUGUACCCAUUUUCUCCCUGUCGACUUUCAAUAUCUUCUUCAUGAAGGAAUCACGCUUGUUAACUCCCCAUGUUUACUACAUCUGGAUCCAAAUUUGGACCUGGAUUUCUCACAGGUGUCUUCCAUGCUGUGAAUAUCUUUACUAUGUUCCUGUUAAAACAUGUUUUAAUUUACGAAGAUCAAUGAUAAACAAUUCACAUAAGACUCUUCCCAAGAAGAGCUGUACUCAGAUGCCCCUUAUUAACUGGAUGGAUUUUAAAGGCAAUCAUAUUAAGGACUUAACUAGUACCACCUUCCUGGAAUGUGAUGCACUCACUGUAUUGUUUCUUCAUGGAAAUCAAAUUCGCUUGGUGCCUGUGAAUACCUUUUCCACAUUAAAAGUUUUGGGGGAAUUGGAUCUGUCCAGCAAGAUGAUUACAACAUUACCACAUUAUAUUUUUAUAGAUCUGAAGUAUUUACUGGAAACAAGCUGCUGGGACAAUCUUUCUUUCAAUCCACUUUCUCACCUCUCUGAGGAUUGCUCUGCAAGUCUUCAGCAGCUUCAUUCACUAGAUCUGGAAAUGAUUGAGACACCAAAUAUAACAAAUACAAACACAAUAAUGUUUCAACAUAUGAAGAGCCUUUCCUACAUCUACUUCAACAAGUUUCAUUGUCGCUUCUAUGCACUCCACCUGCUAAUAUACACACCAUUAGUAGACGGGAUUUCAUCAUUUGAUGAAAUUUGAUCUCUCUGGGUCAUAGCUUGUGUUACAUUUGGAGGUCUUCCUGUCAUCAGAAUGAGAUCAUUUAUCAAAGUAGAAAAGAAGACACAUGCUACAUCUACCAACAUCUUUUGCUGUGCUGUUUGUCGAACGGGCAUGUAUUUGUUCUUCAUUGGAGUUUUUCAUGUUAAAUAUUGUGGACAGUCUAAAAAACAUGCCGUGUUGUGGAUGGGAAGUUUACCAUGCCAUAUCAUGGGGUUCAUCACCAUGCUAUCUACAGAUGUGUCAGUCCUGUUGCUGACUUAUCUGACCUUGGAAAAAUAUCUAGUGACUGUAUCUCUCUUCAGUAAUAUCCGUCCUGGAAAGCAGCAGAUAGUAGUGAUUCUUACUUCGCACGUGGUCACAGCCUCAUUCAGGCAUCCAUCUGCUCCACCGUGGGGUCCCCCGUGGGCUGCAGGUGGAUCUCUGCUCCACCAUGGGCCCCCAUGGGCUGCAAGGGGACAGCCAGAUGUACCAUGUGUCAGCCUGCUAGCCUCCAUCAUCACCGUAUUUUCAUAAGUUAGCAUGUUUUGUUCCAUUCAAAACUGCCUUCAGGCAUCAGAGGUAAGGAGUCACAUAUGCAAGGAUGUCACUGUUGCAAAUUGACUUUUUUUAAUAGUAUUCACUGAUGUCAUCUGCUGGAUUCCUGUCUUUGUCAUUGAAAUCCAUUCCUUAUUCCAGGUGGAAAUUGCAAGCACUGUCCCUUCUUAGAGAGAGAUAUUUGUUUUACCAAUACAUAUUGCCUUGAACCCCAUUCUUUAUACUUUCAAACCUAAUUUCUUUAAGGAGAAGUUGAAGCAGUCACUGGGCAGUCAUUGAAGGGGGGCAGGCUUCAAAAAUAAUGAAAAAAAACUGGCCACUUCAGUCAUGCGGACAGACAAUUCCCUUACCUGUAGCUCUUCAUUUAUGCUUGGAUUUAAAAAACUAGCUAAAACAAAAUAA